GCAAGUUUACAAAACGCAUUAAAACGUGAUUUACUUUGCUUGAUAUAAAAAGGCAAUUAAAACAAAACAAACAAACAAACAAAAACACAGCACUGUUACUAGGCAGAUUAACCCCUUUUUUUCGUUUUCUGAGCACAUCCUUCCGUCAACUUUUCGCGCACAACCAAUGACGUCACAUUCCGGGGCUCGUUUUUUUGUCUUCAACCAGAGAAGUUGCUAAACAACAACAGGCAGAAUGGUUUUGUUUCCUACGAGUUUAACAGAGGAAGAAGAAUCGCUGCAGAAAAAAUAUGCAAAGCUCAAAAAGAAAAAAAAGGCGCUGAUGGCUUUAAAGAAACAGAGCUCGACCAGUCAGGCCACGCAGGGGGGGCUGAAGAGAACACUUUCAGACCAGCCAGCAGUGGACACAGCCACAGCGACAGAGCAGGCGAAGAUGUUGAUAAAGACCGGAGCCAUAAGUGCAAUCAAAGCAGAGAACAAGAACUCGGGGUUCAAGCGCUCUCGCACCCUGGAGGGGAAACUCAAGGACCCAGAGAAAGGCCCAGUGCCAACCUUUCAGCCUUUCCAACGCAGCGUGUCUGCUGACGAGGAGAACUCUGAGUCUUCAAAGCGUCCCCAGAGAAAAAUGCUCUAUGAGAGUUUCGUCAGCUCAGGUGCUCGCACUCGUGGAGACUCUGACAGGGAGAGUGGGGAUGGAGUGCUGCAGAACACAGGAGAGAGGGACAGAGAGCUGGAUCGAGAGAGGGACCGGGACAGAGACAGGGACAGGGACAGAGACAGAGGGAGAGGGGACAGGGACCGGGAGAGAGACAGAGAGAGAGAUGCACCAUUCAGGCGCUCAGACUCGUUCCCGGAUCGACGCCCCCCUCGGAAGGGGAACACGCUGUACGUGUACGGAGUGGGGAUGAGCGACGAGAGCCUGAGAGCGGCCUUCUCUGUGUGCGGCAAUAUCAUAGACCUGUCCAUGGACCCACAGAGGAACUGUGCUUUCAUCACCUUUGAGAAGAUGGAGUCGGCUGACCAGGCCAUCGCAGAGUUGAAUGGCAGGUGUGUCGGUGAUGUGAGUUUGAAAGUCAGUAUCGCUCGUAAACAGCCAAUGCUGGAAGCUGCAACAGGGACAUCUGUCUGGGCCCCUCUAGCGGUUCAGAACAGUGCUAAAGGAUCCCACAGAGACAAGAGGAACCCAAUUGUGUACAACGAAGAUUUCUUCUGAGUCUCAAGACAAACGUUCACAUUGCAGUUCACUUUAUUUUUCUGAGUUUCCCCUGCACGAGAGACAGACAGAGAGAGAGAGAGAUACCCCCCCCCCCCUUCUCUCUGUGUCCCCAGACUGUUGCGGUGGGUGUGUGUUUUUGUGUGAUGUGGAUUACAUUGCAAGUCCACUGUCUGUUCAUUUAGGGACUAGGCAUUUGAGACCACUGACCUACCAAAUUUAUUUCACUUGUGACCUGAGCAAAAGUCUAGUGAAUAACAUUAAACCAUUAGCUCCACAGGAUUUGCCAAUAGGCAUGAACGAGAGGCUGGUGAAACUGCUUGCUGUCUAUCUCUGUGUGUGUGCUGUCAAGCCUUACUGAGAUGGAAGGAUAGGCUACCGAAUUAAGCGCAGCCCCACCUAGCCCUCCCAGAUUGGAACCCAGGCCUGAAAGGUGAAAGGGAGGAAUGAAUCCCUCUCCCCCUUUUGAAAUUGUGCAACUUUCUGUAGAGGGUAAAACAAAAGGUCAAAAAUUCACACUGGGGGGGAAAAAAAUUACAUUUAAACUAAUAUCAGUUAAGUGUGGCAUUCCAAUUUUAUUAGACAGUAAAAUAAACAUUAAAAAAAUA